AGUUACCACGGAAACAGGCCGCGGAGGGAAGCGGAGACUUUGAACCAGGCCGUCCUGUUUCGUUGCUUUUUGUUGUUGUUUUGAGGACUAACCGACGGAGGCACAGAAGGCCCAAACCCGAACAAAAACACACCUGCCGCCGGUCCCCUCUCUGCCAGUCUCCCCUCUGUCUAACCGCAUUCAACCCGACGUCCUCUGCCCACCAGAUAGUGUUAUAACUGCUCACUACUGUCCCCGUAGAGGCGUUCUUACGUGGCUGUUAGCCUGGUUAGCUCCCACGCUAACUUCCCCAUGUAUUCCUAUAGAGUUAGCUGUUAGCUUGCGUGCACUGCUCGGCUAGCACGUAGCUCCUGACACAUUUCACAGCUAACAAGGUAACGCCAGCUAAUAUGUAUUAUGCAUAGGGGACUUACAAACUCAACUGAAAUCAAGGUGACACGCGGGAUGUUUGGUGCUAACCGAAAGAAGUUUAUGGAGGGAGGGAUAGAGAGCGAUUACGCGGACGACUCCAGCCUCUACUACACCCAACAGUCCAUGUUCCCUCCACACCGCCCGGACAAAGACAUGCUGACGUCUUCCUCUGCUUCCUCAACGGGUCAACUGUCACAGCUAGGAGCCAGCCUCUAUGGCCCGCAGAGUGCUUUGGGGUUUCCCAUGCGUGGUAUGAACAGCAGCGCAGCACCUCAGUUAAGUCGAAGUGGGCUGAACCAGUCUGCCAGCCAGCUCCCCAGUCAUGCCAGUACACCCAACGCUGGCACCAUGCACACGCCUCCCUCACCGAGCAGGGGUAUUCUUCCAAUGAGCACCCGAAGCGUGCUGAACCACAGCCAGCAGGUGGGGGGUCCGACGGGGCAGUCGGGUGGGAUGGGAGGGGUGGGAGUGGAGAGGGGAGGAGGUGUCGGAGGAGGGAGGAGCAGCAGCAGCGGCAUGGGGAGUCCCAGCCGGUCGUCACCCAGCAUCAUCGGCAUGCCCAAACAGCAGCAAGCACGGCAGCCUUUCACUAUCAACAGUAUGUCGGGGUUCGGUGUGAACAGGAAUCCAGGCUACAACAUGAACAACUCCCUACCCAACAACAUCUUCAAUGGCACAGACGGCAGUGAGAAUGUGACGGGGUUGGAUCUGUCGGACUUCCCAGCGUUAGCAGACAGGAGUCGGAGGGACGGAGGCUCAAAUCCCACCCCGCUGCUCAAUCCGCUAGCCGGUCGGGCUCCGUACGAAAUCGAGACUCAUCAGACCAGGCAACAUUUUUCCAGUCUUCAACUGUCCAAUUUUGUUGGCAUGGUGACCAAGCCGUCCAGUGAGCAGUCGCAGGACUUCUCCAUUCAUAACGAAGAUUUCCCAGCUCUCCCUGGGCCAAACUACCAAACAAAAGACCCCACCAGCACCAACGAAGACAGCAAAACGAAUCUGAACUCAUCGGGAAAGCCCACCUCUAACUCAGAUGGUCCAAAGUUCCCCGGAGACAAGAGCUCGGCGCCUAGCAACAACAACCAGCAGAAGAAAGGGAUUCAGGUGCUCCCUGACGGACGGGUGACCAACAUCCCAAUCGGCAUGGUAACGGACCAGUUUGGGAUGAUCGGCUUGCUGACGUUCAUCCGGGCAGCAGAGACGGACCCCGGCAUGGUCCACCUAGCGCUGGGCUCCGACCUCACCACGCUCGGUCUCAACCUCAACUCACCGGAGAAUCUCUAUCCUAAGUUUGCGUCUCCGUGGGCAUCGGCUCCGUGUCGACCGCAGGACAUCGAUUUCCACGUCCCCUCAGAGUAUUUAACCAACAUCCACAUAAGGGACAAGUUAGCAGCUAUCAAGUUGUCUCGGUAUGGUGAAGAUCUGCUGUUUUAUCUCUACUAUAUGAACGGAGGAGACCUACUACAACUCCUGGCUGCAGUAGAACUCUUUAACAGGGACUGGAGGUACCAUAAAGAGGAGCGGGUUUGGAUCACCCGGGCUCCGGGGAUGGAGCCCACGCUGAAGACCAACGCCUACGAGAGAGGGACCUACUACUUCUUCGACUGCCUCAACUGGAGGAAAGUGGCCAAGGAGUUUCAUCUGGAGUAUGACAAACUAGAAGAGCGACCUCACGUUCCCUCCACAUUCAACUACAAUCCUGCCCAGCAGGCCUUCUGAUUGGCUCUACCUCCUGCCUGCCUGCCUGCCAUUGGCCCUCCUGGCUCAUCAAUCAUCGCCCCUCUAGGUUUUUCCACCCCCCCAAACACUCAAAAGCGAAUCUGGCUUUCAAUUAAAGGACUCGGGACGGGAGAGGACAUCCCGGCUCCUGCUCUCUCGCUCUCAAUCUCCCAAAACACAUUUCUGAAUAGACUCUUAUGAUUUUAACUUUUUUCGGAUUAUUUCAUUGUUCUUUACCUCAUUUUCUGUUCUGUUUUUUAUUUCCCACCCCUCCCUCCCUCCCUCCCUCCCUCCAUGAGUUUGGUUCGGUUGGUCUGUUACGUGGAGCACACAGACUUAAUGUCGACAGACAGCACAAACAAACACGGGACACGAGCACUGUAAAUAACUGUCCCUCUGAUCGAGUGAUUCAUGUUUCUAUCACGUCUUAAGAAUUUGACUAUUUUUGUCUAAGAGAAGCUUUUUAAAGAAGAAACCAGAUUUUAAACACAGAACACAGAAAUCAAUCACCCCUCAGGCGGAUAAUUAUUUUGCACCGUGCACACACUGUGUCACACCACCCCUCUGGUCUUUUGGCGAGAAAAUAUUUAUCAUUUUUCUCCAUUUUUUUUACCAGGUUUUUCCAGCAGCAUUACAAACAACACACACACACACGUCAGCAGACAGUCAGGAGAGGAAAUGCAAUGUACAUUGUAGCACUAUUUCAUAAUAAAAGUCGAAAAAAUA